AUGAGCCAAGCAGAUACCCCUCUUGUGGUGCAGAAGUAUCCUGUCUUGCACCAGGUAUACGAAGCGCUGGGAGUGGCAACCUUGUACACGCACCAUACCGGUGAUUUCCGGGCCGCUCUUCAGAUUGUCGAGGCUGAGUGUUCAAUGUGUGAUGCGGAGGACAAAACCAGGCUCGCUGCAGCCCUCACCGGCCGGGGCAUUGUGCGAACUCUGCAAGGAAACUGCGUCGGGGCUCUGGCAGAUUUGAGGGCAGCGACUACCAUGGAGCACUCCGAUCUACCCCUCAAGCUGCUGGCGUGUCUGUAUUUGUAUCAAGCGACACGAACCCAGUAUGCGCUGUUCCCCGACAAUGGCCCUGCAGGAGCAAAGGAGAUUCAAUAUCGCUUCGACACUGUGCAGACGCUUCAAGACUGGCAGGCACAGACAAGUCCCCUCUCCGAGGCGUAUUCGACAGACCCACCGCUACGAGUUGUGGGCCAGGCGUUAAGGCUCUACCGAUCGCUCGCCUCCUUUCCACGAGCCAAUCCAGGGGCGGAUUCUACGUUUCGUACCGCGCAGGAUACUUUGCUGUCAGGCAUUGAUACGGACUACGACACCCUGGCAAUCUGGCGUCCAGAUCCGAGGAUGCUCGGCCAUAUGCGACUCGUCCGAGCUCGGAUUGCAUUCCGCAUCCAUGGGCGGGAAGAAGCAAUGCAGGAUCUUGCGAUAGCCGAGCAACUUGCUCGCGAAGUCGACGAUUCGGUCGGCUUGGCCGAUGUCGAACUCACGCGGGGUGAUUUUCUCGCCGCCCCGCUGUCUUCACCUGGCGUUUGGAAUUCACUCCUGGCGGAAUCAACGUACGAUACUUGCCUGCAUUGGCAGGCGGAUGAGGCCGAAUGGGACGUUGACACGGAGAGGAUUGGCGAGGCCAAGGCUCGGUACGAUGCGGCACUGACGCGGUUUGCGGCAGCAAAUGCGCGGAGAGGGAUCGCCGCGGUGAAGAUGCGCCUCGGCUACCUCGAGGUCCUUGAGGGUAUGCGACGCAUUGUAUUCGAGCCGAGCUUUGCGGCGGCGAAAACGGACAUCGAGCGCGCCGUUGCGAUCUCGUCUGAGCUCGGCGAUAUGAUGGCCGUACAGCUGGGCCGCGCGCAGUUGGCUCUCUGCGCCAUUGGACAAGGGGACCAGAGCGAGCAGACCCAGCAACUCGGCGUGUCACUUGGGACCUGGGGUCGUCGAGAAGGAAGCUUUGGGUUUACCCUGGGAGUUGGCCUCUUCUUCGCCCGAAUUGGGUGGCGAUGGAUCAACCACCUCGGCGACUAUGAACGCGCCUUGGCUUGUUUUAGGCUUGCAGAAACUCUUUUCCAAGCUCUGCAGGCCUCACUGUCACGGGUGCAUUCCAUAGUUGAUCAGCUGAAGGUCUAUCAAAUGGUGCAUGAUUUCCCCAGCUGCACCAGGACAUUGGAGCGGGCUCUGGACGAGUGCCUCGAGGUCCAGAAGCGAGAGCCAGGGCUGGUGGCGGAAGCUUCCCGGCUCGCCCGAUGGAUUUCAAUCGAGAUGCUGGGGCUUGCUACAAAGAGAGCUGUACCGCACCUCCUCGAGCGCGUGCGGGCUUACAUCAAGAGCAUCCGGAAGACGCAUGAGUCGGCAGGCCCGGCAGGCCUGUCGUCGGGCCUUGACAUAUUUCAGGAACUGGUCAAUCGUUUACAGGCAGGAGAGGACCUUGCCGAUUCCAAUCCAGAGCCGUCCGUCGGACAAGCUCUCUACCAACAGGAUGCUACACAGAUGACCGAUCUCUUCCUGGAGUCACAAUUGGCCGACUCGGAAAUUUAUCAGGACCUCUAUAGCGGCAAGGAGGCGAAAAAGAAUGGACAUCCAGCGGAAGCCCACGUUUGUUUUGACCGCGUCAGGGCGGCGGCAGAGUCGAUGUCAGGGUACCGCCGUCAUUACUUUGACGCCCUGGCAGACGCCUACGAGGGAGAAUAUCAACGGGCGGCACCUGCUUACACGCAGUAUGUAGAUGGGGAGCUGCAAGAAAUGGACCGGAUGGCUCGGCUGGGUUUUCCCUCCUCUCUCGACGAUGAUCGACGCAGGCAGGCUGCAAGCCGAGCGCUCAGCUUCUUCUGUGAGAUUGGACACUUUGAAGAAGCUCAUAGAUGGUUGCAUCUCCUCUCGCAGAACUGGCCUGACUGGUGGAAGAAGGACGGCCAAAGCUGGCUGUCGCUUGGCCGUAUCGCACAAGUGGAGGAAGGGCUGGGAAACUUCGAAGCUGCGCUCCUGCAAUAUGAGGAAGGGAUUAGUAUAUUUGAGGUUCAACGCCAGCGUCUUUCCAUUGAUGAACUCAAGAUCGCCUUUGCAGCGGACUCGCCGACUAGCGCCUUGUUUGUCGGAUGCAUCAGGACCUUGCUGAAGCUGCAUGACCAGCCUAAUAUCGAAGCCUCCCGCCGCCGAGAACUCAAAGCAAAGAUCUUCGAUGUGGCAGAAAGAAAUAAAGCGAGGAGUCUUAUGGACCUUAUGGAAGGUGGCUUAAUUGGCCGAUUGUCGUCCUCCGAAUCCGGCCUUUUACCUCGCUGGCGACGACUCAAUGCCAAGCGAACAAGCCGUUGUGGCCUCCUGGAACAGGCUCUACACUCUAACAACCCGGAGCGAUCCAAUAUUGCGGCCUUGCAAGCGGAGAUCACAGCCAUCGAGCAGCAGAUCGCCGCGGUGGAAAAUGACAUAGCUGCUACAGGCUCGCCCCUGCGGACCUGGGCUGCGGAAUUGAGUACACUCGACGCUGUUUGUGAAACACUUCCUGUUGGGGUGUUAAUUCUUAUCUAUAUCCACGAUCAAGAAGACCUGUUUUCAUGGGCGAUAUCGUCUCAGGGAAUGAUGGGGCUUCAUCACAAAUCGUUGGAAAUAUACUGGCUUGAUAGGGCCUCCAAGCGGUUUCACGAAGCUUGUCAAAGUAUGCUGCGUCCGGGAAAGCUCGGGCAGGUUCUCUCUGAUGAGCUGCUGGAACCAUUUCGCGGGUUGCUGGGGUACUCCAGACGAGUAGUCAUUGUUCCUCACGGAUCUCUCCAUUUCGUUCCAUUCCAUGCAUUGCCCUUCAUGAACGGCGAUCCGCUCUCUAGUUCGCAUGUCGUGACAUACGUUCCGUCGGUCAGUCUGCUGAGGUAUCUGGACUCCGGCCAAGCCAAGGGCAGGCCUACGUCUGUGCUUGCUCUAGGGAACCCCUGCAAUAUGUCGUUCCAAGAUAUGUACGGACAGCACCAACGCGCAUAUUCUCUCCCAGGCACCGAGCAGGAAGUAUCACGCAUUGCGCAAAUCAUGCCGAACACCAAAUGCUUUAUUAGUGCCGACGCCAACAUCUCGAACUUCCGCGCGCAUAUCAGCGACCAUUCGAUUCUCCAUCUUGCGACACAUUGUAAAGUCGUCGCAGACGUUCCUCUUCUCUCCUCCAUUAGUCUCGCCAAUGGGCAUGAACUGUCCGUACUAGAACUUGUGGAUAUGCAUCUUGACGUUGAUCUUGUUGUGCUCAGUGCGUGUCAGACAGGACAGGGGGCCUUGACUGCUGGAAACGAUGUCGUGGGCUUCAGUCGCGCGCUCCUUGCUGCUGGAGCCCGUGCAGUACUGGUCAGCCUGUGGCCUGUGGAUGAUGAAGCAACUUGUGAACUGAUCUCGCAUUUCUACCAAGGAGUUAGCGAGGGUCAAUCAUUUCCAGAUGCCUUGCGUAACGCACAGGAAAAGCUCCGACACGAUGUCCCUCUAUCCGAGCCCGAAUCCAGCGACUCCUGUGGAGCAAGGGUUGGAGAAGAACGCGGGAGAAUGCCGCAAAUCCAAGGUCCUAGGCGAGUCGCGCUAUAUCGAGAUGUGCAGCCAUUGGAGAACACGCAGCCCUUGGACAAUUCGUCGCCCGCUUACUGGGCACCCUUCAUGCUGAUAUGUGGAUUAAAACAACAUGGUACAACUACCAGUACAAGUCAGAAUAAGCACCAGGCCAUUCUAGGUAUCCGUGAUCAUGAAAGAACGGGUGGCUCCAAAACAGCUAACACACUCUCUACCCUCACCAGAGGCGAGCGCGCUUGGCGAGCCACAAGCAGCGUUGGGAGAUGGCUGACGAACCUUUUGUGGGAGCAGGCUCUUUUCCCAGCUUUGGAAACUAUGGAACUCGUGGAGAGGCCCCAGGAUAAGGACACUUCUCGAAUAAGGUGGAGAUGCGUAUGUGUUUCUCCAGGUCUCUUGAAACAGAUCCAAGCUAACCUGAAAUCACAGGAGUGCGGGAAAAAGUUCUACCAGGACUUUGAAGGCCUCGCAGACGCGGAGGCCCAUCAGCUGACCCAUUCCCUGUCGUCAAACGCCAAGAGCUCACCUACAAAGAGCGAGCGAAGCCCACGGACCCCGACCUCGACAGGCAGUAUACUUGAUCAGGGGGUGUUGGCUUUUCUGGUCAAGCACAGUUUGCCUAGAUGGCCGGUCAAAGCCCCGUCUGUCUUGUCGGGGUUGCAAGAGGCCAUCCAGAAAUCAAAGUUCCUGGCACUGCACGAUCAUGAACCUCUGUUGGAAUUCCAGCACGAUCAAGGUCAAGUGACUACAUGCACGAGGGACGGUAUUCAGAUUGCAGUCCAGCAGCUUCCAGAUGAUGUAUCGUCAGCUGCUGCGUUCACGACUAUAGUGCGGGCAGCCGAACAACUCGCCCGGGCACAACACCUGCUCGCCCUCCAGAGCGGAAAAGAUGACGAGGCGCUGCGACAGACCGUCGAGACCGAAAUCGGCAUAGUAUAUCAAGGCGAUCGGGGCAGGAUUAUUCCACAGAACGGUAGCGGCACUGUGGUCGAACACGAUCGAAUCUACAUCCGGCUGACUAACAGGGGUACCAGCACCGUUUAUGUAUCAGUAUUCGACAUCAAUGUGGCGGGAAGCAUCGAAUUAGUCUCUAGCGCUAGUGCAACAGGGAUCGAUCUGGAACCCGAUCGAUCUUAUACACUGGGUAGAACCGAGUUCGGGGACCUAACAGGAAUGGAGGUGACGUGGCCACAAGGGGUCCCGAGCUCGCAGCCCGUGGAUGAGCAAUUCGUGCUGAUACUCACCAAUCGUGCCGUGGAUCUCAGGCAUCUGGUAAAUCGUGAUGAUCGUCGGAAGGGCAGCCGGGGGCCCCAAUCCAACCUGGAGCAGCUGGCAAACUGCAUCACGUCCGGAGGCACACGUACCGUCAAGGCCGAGCCCGGCGCCACCCCCAUCCGUUAUGAUGUGCUUCAGGUUCCAUUUUCCCUCUUGCCUUUCACGCAGCAAGAUCCUGGGCCUAAUGUUGACUAUGCCAUUCGGGAAUGGUCGAGAGGGGAGCCUAUGGCCGCCAACGAGAUUCCAGAGCCAGAGGCUGACGCCAGCUGGAGGGCCCUUCCGUCCCAACCAUCGGUUGUACCUCAGGCAGCAAAGGGAGGCAUAGGUGCGCUUGUGCGAGCUGCGAAGGGCAUCCCGCCGUGCGUUUGGGUCGUCAACCAGCACUCGGAGGAAAUCACCGUGGUCGUGUCCAAGUAUCGACCCAACCGUCUGCUCUCUGAAGGGGGGAUAUCGGCUUCAAGCACUGGCGCCGGCGUCAAUAUUAGCACAAUGACCUUUCUUAGCCCUGUCACCAAAAAGAAGCUUGCGCCCUCAGCUCUUGACCCCGCACGUUCGAGGGCUGUAUUUCCCCUUUGGACGCGAAAGGGGGGGUUCGGGGUCAUCAGCAUCUUGAAGGGUCCCAGCGAGAGCCUGUAUAUCGAGAAUGACCGGAUUCCGAUCGGUGCAACUGCUUAUUUCAAAGACCUGCCGGAUCUUGAGCUUCGAGAUUACUAUGGGCAGAAACUCACUUAA